ACGUCUCAAUGAUUGGUUGUACUGCUGAAUUCAGCACGGAUGCCAGUGGUGCUCAUAAUUCCCAGCAUGCACCAGCCAGUCUGGUCAGAGCUAUUUCUCCAUUUGAUCCAUUCAGCUUGACCUCAGCUUUAUGUAAUUCUAACUUAACUACCUCAGAAAAUAUGACGUCAGUCUCAGAGAAGCAGACAAAUGUAGAAAGGCAACCUGACAUAAAAAGCACAACUCAGAGUGAAAGAAUAGAAUAUGCUGGGUGUUCAGAUGGUGAAUUGCUGGUGUCCAUUAAUAAAUCUGAAGUUCAGGUACACCAAAAUGCAUUAUCGAAUCAACGUGAAGUCAAUACUGCAUGUGAUUUCCUCCCUCUGACUGACUGGCAAGAAUCAGCUGAGUUUUUGCCUGAACAAAACAAGAUAAAUAUUUUUAAGGAAAUGGAGAAUUCAGAGUCUGGUAAUGCCGGUAAACAAUCAGCUCCAUCUGAAACGGAAGAGAAAGCGGAGCAGAAACGUCUGCUAGGCAACACAAAAGAGCAUCAUAUUGAGAACCUCAAUUUUGAAGACCUACAAAUGGAAAAUUCUGCCAAUGGCAAUGAAAUCAGUGGGAUUGGAAAAGUAGAUGCAAAGCAGCUGUUCGAUACGGACAAUAGUCAAUUAGACCAUAAAAUAGGUCAAGUGAAAUCCGUGGCUAAAAUGACAGAAAAGGAAGAGUCUGUUGAGCUUGGAAUCACCAAAUCAGACAAAACAGUGCAACGUAUUUCUGAGUCAGGUUCAGUUACAGAUGAGGGAGCACCGUUGGUGUCAGAAGAUGGCCUUGUUCAGCAGAGCAAAGAAUGUUCUACCAGAAAGACACAAAGUCCGAUACAACAGAAAGUGAAUGAAGUAAACAUUAAUUUAAUCCUAGCUGAGGAAAAUCAGCCGGCAACUGUUUCUGAGAAUCCCCAACAGCCUAAAAGCCCAGGAAUCUCAAUGGCCUCAAAUCCUGCUCUUGGGGAUUGCCCACAGGUUCAGCAGAUGCCAAACAUGCAAGUUACUGACUGCAACUCCGAUUCUGCUUUUGAGGAGCCCUCAUUACUACACGAUGGGAAAUUGAAAUUGCCUGAACCUGUUUCUGCCCCUCUGGCAGGAAACUCGCUCUCCAAAGUACCAGAUACAGCUGUUUAUAACAGUGCAAUCCCAAAGCCAAUACUACAGUAUCCCAGGACUGUUCUGACUGAAAAAGGAGAAGCAACAACAAAUGAUCAGCCCAAGCUUGAAGGGACAACUGAAGCUAAACUCAUUCCAAAACCCAAAUAUGUAAGGCCUAGAAUUAUAACAUAUAUUCGAAAGCCAGUUCAGGUGAAACCACUUGAUACUAUGCACAAUGACAUGGGACUGUCUUCAAAACUUUCAACUUGGACUGAAUCAAUUGCUAAACCCUCUGUUUCAAAAGAAAUCAAGACAUAUCAAAGUAAGCCUCUGUCAGUGUUCAAUGUUCCUAGUUUUUCCCAAGAUAGAUAUAAACCAGAAUUACAAAAGACUAAGAUAUAUACAACUACUUUGAUGGCAUCUGGAAUCAAACCACCUGGUCAGAAGACUUUUCCCAGGAUGAUGGGAAAGUUAUUUCCUACUCCUAAUGAUAUCACAUUAAAGGAAUCUAUGGAAACAUGUGUGCAGGGGAAUAUUACUGAGGGUGAGUCCCCAGCUCCUCCCCUGACUGGUUCUGAACAAGAUAUGGCUGCAGUUACUGAAGAGUGCUUGAGGCCUGUACCCAAUAUCUGUCGGUUACCCAUGACGAUCAAGCCUCCACUAGGAUUAGGAGCUAUCUCGAGACUUCCUGCAGCCAAAAGCAGACUUGCAUUGCAGAGCCAGAGGACACCAAUAAAUUCCAUGGCACAUCAAAUUCAAGCACAAACUGGCCAAGAAAUUGCAGUGGACCAGAAGAAAAACAGCAUACCAAUUGUCCAGAGAUCAAGUCUGCCCAAACCUGGGCACUCUGGACUUCGUCCCCCUGGUUACUCUCGAUUGCCAGCAGCUAAACUUAUGGCUUUUGGAUUUGUCAGAAGUUCAAGUCUGUCAUCAGUAUCAAGCAACCAGUCCAAUGACAGUGUGCAUAGUGACCACGGCAAGACUGCAAAUCGUUCCAACAGUGAAGAAAAAAUCAGCUCAAAAGCAACAACUUCCGUAACUGACGCCUUGAGUGGAAAGUCUGGUCUGCUGCCUCCAGGCAAUACAACAGCGAAUCGGUGGGACUUGCUUUCAGGACCUAAAACCAUCAAAGCAGGCACAUUGAAGAAGGAGGUUCAAAAAGAUCGCGAUGUUCCAAAAUCAAUUAUUUCAUCACCAAAAAGAUUAGUCAUUCCUGCCAGCAAGCUUCACUCACCAGGACUCAGCAAAUUAAAGCCUGCUCCAGCUGUUACAAGAAAUGGAUUUUCAGCAAAAUUUGACCACCAGUCACGAGAAUGUGAGCGCCAAACCAUCCAGAGACUGAAGGAAAGAUGUAGGGAACAGACCAGACAGCUCCAGUCUCUCCGUGAACAAUUGAAACACGCUAGUCUUGGUAUUGAGGUUCUUGCGAUAACAACACAAUACUUCCACCAUAAAAGUGAAAGAGCCCUUAUCAAAGAGAAAGAACUCUCCAUUGAGCUUGCUCAUAUCAGGGAUGAAGUAGCCCUUAAUACUACACGAUGUGAAAAGCUGCAAAAGGAGAAGGAAGAGUUGGAAAAGAGGUUUGAGAUCGAGGUACAGAGGCUCCAAAAGCAACAACAAGCAGAGAUCCGGGACCUUGAAGAGAGGUUGAAGGCUCAUUAUGCUACAGAGAAAGAGCACCUCAUUGAGGAACAUACAGAGUCCCUCAAGAAAAUCAGAUCUCAACACAAGGAACAGAUGGAAGAGAUGACAACUAUCCAUACCAGUACAAUCACAGAACUAGAUAACAGUCACAGUGCUGCAAUAACUAUUCUUCAAAAUAAGCAUGAAAAGAAACUUGAAGAACUAAAAGCCAUCCAUGAACUUGAGAGGAUGACUUUAGAAGAAGAAUUUGAAAAACUAAGACUUUCCCUUCAGGAUCAAGUUGACACGUUAACAUUUCAGAAUCGCUCACUGAAGGACAAAGCAAAACGAUUUGAAGAGGCCUUAAAAAAGAACAUAGAUGAGCAAGUUGAGAUUGCCUUGGCACCUUACCAGCACUUAGAGGAAGAUAUGAACAGUUUAAAACAUGUUCUUGAAAUGAAAAAUCAACAAAUUCACAACCAAGAAAAGAAAAUUAUGCAACUGGAAAAACUGGCUGAGAAGAAUGUGGUGUUGGAAGAAAAAGUUCAAGUACUUCAACAGCAGAAUGAAGAUCUGAAAGUCAGGAUUGAUAACAAUGCUGCCUUAACAAGACAACUCUCAGAGGAAAAUGCAACACUUCAUGAAUACGUUGAGAAAGAAAGCAAGGAAAAGAAAAGACUCAGCAGAACGAAUGAGGAGCUCGUCUGGAGGCUCCAAACAGGUGAACCUGUUAGUCCAAUCAAAAUAUCCUCCUCAUCUUCAAACUUCCAGUGCCCUCAGGGUGCACUCCCACCUCCAGCAGUAAGCACUACCCCAAGAUGAUGAAAAGGUAUCAGAAUGAAAACACACGGGCUACCUUGAUGUUAUUCAUGUUAUCUCUGGCGCUCAGCUGUAACUGCUGAAUAUUAUGCUUGGUUUUGCUCAAAGUAAAGUCACCAUUUGUGCUUUGAGCACACUUGUUAGCAUAUAACAAUAAGUGAACGAAGCUACUUUUCAGUCUCCGGUAGGUCUUGCUGUCGAAGUCACUGUCAGUAAUGCACCUUUCAGUGCAUUGUUUCCAAUAAAGUUGUAUGCUAUGAAGUUUGAUGUGGGGAAGCUCUUCCAAAACUUUUCCAGGUCUACUGUUUAUGCCUCUUAUUGAACAGGUAUGCAAAAGUCAGAUUUUUUUCUGAUCAUACGGGCUUUUAAGAUAUUUGUACCUAUGUCCAAAUUUAUCUUGUAGUGUUCCCUUGAGUAACAUUUUAAAAAGUUCAGGAUUUCUGCUUUUCGCUUUUAGUAUUGGACGAAUGUGCAAAAUUAUAUAUUUUUUACACGAUUGUCAAAGUAUUUUGGCUUGUUGCCUCUUUUAAAAUAUGUCCCAAACAGACUGGUUAUCUGAGUAAAUCAUCCACCAUAAAAACACUGGAUGGAGGAGGAAAAGAAAGAUGUCAUGCAGCCUCCUCUCACUAAGCGAUGCUGCUAUAAUUGGGGUUGGCAACAGCAGCUUGAGGUGGGGUGCUCUGAUCUUCAAUACUGCGGCAGCUUUUAAAGUACACUUCAAAGCUGCUGACUUAUUUUGCAAUGUGUGCAAGAAUUCAGAGAAUCCGUUGCUGUACAGAAAAAUGUUUGUAUGUAGUAACCGAAGACCCGCUUCUGCUGUUGGUAUGUCCGGGAACGUUGGUCAAGGAAGUGAAUGCGCAGUGAGCUGCAAAUUGAGAUUAUGUAAUUCAAUGAAAACCCUGUGGAUAUUGAAAAAACAGGCCGAGUAAUUUUAAUUAAUUAAUUAGCACCUCAAAUAUUCAUCUGAUGAUCCUAACAUUAAUAAACAACACAUUAACACAGAUUUCUAAGAGACAAAUUCUCCCUCAAAGAUUACCCAAGGAUUGCCAAACCAGUCACUUCGUCUUGCAUUUCCAGCUUGAAUCACAGACCCAGUUCUAGGUCACCCUUCUGUGUGAGCUAACGUCCUGAAAGUGCCAUAGUGUACCAAAUGAGUCAUAAAGUACAGCAGCGCACUAAAAGGCCCUUCAGCCCAUCAAGUCCGUGCCAAUCAGACCUUCUGCCUACCCCCAUUUAGCUGUGCCUGGACCACGUCCUCCCAAACCUCUCUUAAAUGUUACAAUUGAACCUACAUCUACCAUUUCCACUGGCAGUUUGUUCCACACUCGCAAUAGGCUCCCUUCAGAUCCCCCUUGAAUAUUUCACUUAACCCUAUGACCUCUGGUUUUAGUCUCACCCAACCUGAAGGGGAAAAAGCCUGCAUGCAUUCACCCUAUUGAUACCCCUCUAUCAAAUCUCCACUUAUUCUCCUACAUUCUAGGGAAUAAAAUCUUAACCUAUUCAUUUAAAUGGAGUCCCAGCAAGAGGCUUGUAAAUUUUCUGUGCACUUUUUCAAGGUUAUUGGUGACUUUUCUGGUUGGUGACCAGAAUUGCACACAAUAAUCCAAAUUUAGUCUCCCCAAUUCCUUGGAUAACCUUAACACUUAAGCUCUCCCUGUAAUUUGCUCUCCUUUGUAAUUUACAAAGACCAUCAUGCUAAAAGCUCUUACUACCUAUUCAUCUGUUUGCUUUUUUUAAGGAAUUAUCGACUAGUAUUCUCCGCUUUAAAGAAAAUUACAAUAUUUUAACAAAAUGGUAGCAAGUUAUUAAAAAGGUCAAGAACAAAAUCAGUAACAUUCAACACAGCAGCUGGGGCUGAACUAAAGUGAAACAGUAUCGAUAUGGAUGAGAGAGAAAUGCUGAAAAAGAGCCUCAGAUAGAAAAAAUAGCAGCUUGCACUCAUUUUUUAUCAAUCCAAUGCAUUAAAAUCCUAAGAGGCAGAGUUUAGUCACAUUACACAUUUGGGAGACGGCAACAGAUAAGAAUAAAAUAAAUAUAUUUGAAAUACAAAUGAAACAGAAAAAUAAAAAGAACACUUAAUUAAAAUUGAAACUAAUUUCGACGAUUGCUGUCCAGUCCUUGCAAAUUGUGAAAUAGUACCAAAACAUAUUAAGAAACAUACAUUUACAUCAUGUUCCAUUUUGUGAAGCAUUUCACAGAAUUAUUAAUGAUACAAGUUUCAGUCAAAUUGAAAGCUUAAUCAUUACACUGGAAUACUGCACCGUUCUGCAAAUUCAAAACUGAAUUUGGACUGUGUAAGGACGCAGAGAGAGCAGUGCUUGAGGUGAAAACUGCAAUUCCGAUGUUGUAUUUGUCAAAUAUGAAUGCUUAAUGAAAAGUUUAAAUUAGAGCUAGUGCGAUUCAGUUGCAGUCAGUUAUGUGUUCUUUUCCACUUUCCACAUUAAUUGAAUCCAUAGAACCAAAGAUCUUUAGCUGUUCUUGAGUCCAGAACAGGCCUCAAUGAGACUGAGGUGUAUUUUGGUGUAUUCCACCAUAUUCACCCUUGCCUGAUCUGACCACUGGUGAUCUUCAUCAGUGCAGUUAUAUAGUCACAGUGCUAAGUAGAUACUUUCAAUGGCAUGCUGACAUACUGUGUAGUUGCGAGGGAUUGUACAUGGAGACUGUGUGGACGAGAAUGUACGUAUAAUGCUGGUAUGUCACUUCCUGAAGCACCGCCACAAACUUGCAUUCAGUGAGCCCCAAAUGUGUGACUCAUUUUGCAGUUUCAAUGAGACUUUGUCCCAAUCACAAUUAUCAUUAACCCUUCAAUUCUUAUGAACCAACUUCAAAGGGGGGAAAGGGGCUACAUAAACAAUUUGAGUUUAAGAUUUUGAUUCAUUUUAAGGGAGCACUGCAGCCAGAAGUACAUAAAUGCUCAUUUGACAUUGGUUAAAAAAAUGUCUUGGGUAUAAUGAUAUGGAAGAAUUAUUUUGUAUGUAAGCAUACUAUACUUGAUUGAAGUGUGUGCAGUCUAUUCAGUAAAUCAUUAUGAAAAACCAGUUUGUUACAACCAUCUGCAAAUUUCCAUUUACCCAAGUCUUUUUAAUUAUAAAGCAAAAUAAAUACAUCUUAGAAACCCAAUGCUGUUUUUUCACCUCCAGACAGAAGCAAAUGUGCACUACUGCUCUCCAUUUUAUCCCUUAACAUGUUUUACACAUGCUGUCAUGUCCUUUUGGAAAGCCCACAAACAUUAUUAUCUAUAACUCUUCAUCAAAAUUCUGCUAUUUCUUUGAAGAGACAAUUCAGUAUUUUUAACAAUGCUUUGUUAACCCAUAGUUUUCCAAAUAAGUUAGGUUUAUUAUAGAUUGUACUACCCACAACCAUUGUUAGACUCUCUUCCCUGCCUUAUUUGAACAAAUGUGUUAUAACUACAGCCUUGCAUCUAUUUGCAAUAGCCAAGUUGAUUUAGCUUAAUGUUAUAUUUUAUUGUUCAGUUAUCCAAGUGUUAAUAUUUUGCUGAAAUGAAUUAUAAACCUUUAAAAAGUUUGCAUCCCAGAGCCAAAAAUUGAUAUUUCUUUUCAUCUUAAGGUGGAAAGAUUUUAACCCAAAGAACUUUUCUUUCCAUUCAGAAAUGUAGUGGAAGCAAAAAGCAGCAUUAGAGGCAUUUACAUUUAAGUUUAGAAUUCUUAUUGGCUUACCUUCCUGACAAAAGAGAAACCUCCUUAAAAUACAACAUUCUUUGAAAAACUUUUCCAGUGUUUCCCUUUCGCUCUGGCUGCCAGUCGUCCUGUACCUCACCAGAAACGACUAUCCCACGAAUCCUAUUGAAGCUGUUCAUCACAACUGAGGCGUAAUCUUUUCACUUGAUAGCAGAGACCUCACUGAGUGAAGUGCUUGUAGGAAGCUCUCUCAGUACAGCAGGGGUUCCCAACCUGUGGUCCACAGACCCCUUGCUUAACAGUAUUGUUCCAUGGCAUGCAAAAAGGUUGAGAACCCUGCAGGUAGAUUGACAGUUUCAAAACAGUAAUUGGUUAUUUAAAACAUUACACAUUUGGGACUAACUCAGGUUUACUAAAGUUUACUCAUGAAGGGUGGCAGUAAUUGCAAAUCUACUGUAUACCUCGCACUUGAACUACAUAAUGCUAUCUCUGGCUCCUCGAUCAUCCCACAUCAUGGAGGCUCUAUGAGGGUCAACUAUCAAACGGAUGUUGCCAAGUAUACAGGUGAUGACCGUUGUUCUCCCCCACCACCUGUGCACUACUUCCAUGCACCCUGUCUAGCCCUCGUUACUGGCAGCUUUUUAUGUAUUUUUAUGAUCUGUAGCUUCCAUGAGGAAGAGUUCUGUCAAGGUCACGGUCUCCUGUAAUCAGCACAGCAGCUGUGAGCACACAGGUCUGACUUGUAAUAUUGUCAUUCUAUGUGCAAACUGAUGGACCUCUUGCUUUAAACAUAUUUUUGCUAAGUUGUACAAAUAUUUGUAGAUGAUCCAGUUAGAUGUUAGCACUAGGUUUGAUAGGAGUGUGGUGUCUUCAAAGCAGAUGAAAUCUGGGCAUUUCUUCCUUUAAUUCAUCACUUCGUCUUAUACAAAACAUACACAAAAACAAAAAAACUUCACCCUGUUUUCCUGAAACACUGCAGUGCAGAAGGCAGAUGGUUUCUUUGGUGAAGUGAGGGACCCAUCAUAGAUUACUCCAAUGUCACGUGCAGGGCCAGCUCAGCUGUAGGGUUACAAGUCAGCAUGUGGGAGGCUGAGGAGGGUUACCAGUGAGGGAAAAUGCUUUACAUCGGAGCUCUCUGUACCUAUCAUCCCUCCUGCACUGCACCAUCCGUAGUGUGCAUCCUAUCCCACAUUGCAUUCAUAGCACAGGGAAUGAUCUCCAUACUCUCAUGUCAUCCCCACCAUUGAUGCCACAUGUAGGUGGCCACUUACCAGAGCUAAUGUUAACAUCGGAGACACUCAAACUCAGGGCUGAAUUCUCCUGUCUCUCUCAUUGCCUCUGGGGUUUUUGGCCGUACAUCAUAUUUUGCAGUAGCUCCACAGAUAUCCCAUUUGGCAGUAGCCUUGUGGUGCAGGACCCUUAUGCCCGUCUACAUGAACAUCAUUCUAUGUUCUGUUCCACCAAAUGGGUCACCUCAGAUUUCUACCUCACCAUUGUAUGCUGAGGAUCCUCUUCCACAUGGAGGAGACUCCUGCGAGAAUGAUGACACACGUUGAACACAUGGGCGAUGGCAGAUAUCUGUUAGCAGAGGUAAUGAGGGAAGGGAAUAUCACUGCAGGAGCCUGACAACAAACGUUUGAGGUUACUGGAUUUCUGAAAACAUGAGGAAAUGCAGACUGGCAAGGAGGGAUGAUAUUUUGGAGUAGACUUAAGACAGCAGAUUCACAGAUUGAACUAAUAUGGGUGAACCUUCCUGCAGUCAAGGUGUAGGAAUAAAGGACUACACUCUUGCCCAUUUCAACAGCAACUUCCAGCCAUGUUUUCCUCCUGCUGGUAUUCCUUUAAGACCAUAGAGCCCUCAACAUGAGCAUAAAAAUGCUAUCCAGAUUUAGAACCUAUUAAAUAAUGGAGGCCAUCAGAUGAUUGACAGGAGAGGCUCAUGCUAAAACUUGGCCGUAGAAGUGGUGACUCUGACCAAAUUUAAUCCCUUCUCAAAUCAUGAAUUGCUAAAAUCAAGUAGGGGACUACAGCAAAAGUUCAAGGCGAGAUCCAUUAUUUCAAUCCAGCCUGGUGCUUUGUCACUUGUGGACAUGAGGCUCUCCAACACUGGAAAUGUUGUCAGCUAUCAAGGCACCAGGGACCAGAAAAGUGCUUUAAUUACAAACUGUUUCUGUUCUGUGACAGGGUUUAUCGAUGCAGCAGUGAAUUGUUUCCCAGUGAACUGGGAACUAGGUGAUUAUAUGCAAGUUAAACUGAUAUUUCUCAGCAAUUUCAAUACAGAGUGCUUUCUAUUUUACAGGAGUGUAAAUCUAAUGACUAUCCAAAAAAUGUGUAAUGUAACAAAAAAAAAGUUAUUUAUAAAAUCCAUGCUGGGUCUGUGUCCCAUGGACACACAAAACACAAGUUUGAUAUGUAGAAUAAUUAGUGUCAUUUAGUUCUUGUGUUUAAUGAUCUGUGAAUAAUUUGUAUUUAUUUCUGCCGGAUUGUAUGAGAAUCGAGUGUGAUACAGCACUGUGUAUGUAUACAUGUUCCAACACAAUAAAAGAUGGAAGCAUGCUAA